AUGGGCUUUGACUGGCUCUUGCGGUGUCCAUUACUUCCUGGCAUGAAGAUUAUUUGUUACGCCGAUGACACCCUCGUCACUGCCCGCGGAAAAACAUUCGAGGAGGUGUGCCGAUUGGCCGCUGUCGGCACGUCUUUGGUUGUGGACAGGAUAAGGAUGCUAGGUAUGAGGGUCUCAAUCUCCAAAACAGAGGCCCUCCUAUUUCAUGGCCCACGCCGCGGUCCUCCACGAGGUGCACAUAUCGCUGUCCAGGGUACAGUGAUAGAGGUCAAGCCCUGUAUGAAAUACUUGGGUCUUACUUUGGAUGGACGAUGGAAGUUUGAAACCCACUUCAAACAGCUAGAGGUCAGACUCGUGAAAGCUGCUGCCGCCCUUGGCAGGCUCUUGCCGAAUAUAGGAGGUCCGGAGUCAGUCUGUAGGCGACUCUAUGCUGGAAUAGUAAGGAGCAUGGCCUUGUAUGGCGCCCCAAUUUGGGUGCACUCACUGACUCCCGUCAACAAGGUCCUCUUACGAAGGCCACAAAAGAUAAUUGCCGUGCGAGUCAUCCGGGGAUACCGUACAGUGUCAUGGACGGCUGCAACAUUGCUGGCUGGCGAUCCACCCUGGGAACUUCAAGCCGAAGUCCUAGCUGAGGUGUAUCAAUAUCGGGCGCUAAUGAAUGCACAAGGUGUGUUGGCAGGAGCAGACGAGGUAAGAAGAAUCAGGACCCUUGCUCAGUCAGUCUUGGUUGAAAGGUGGAAAGAGGAUCUGGAGUCUCCUAUUGCUGGCAGUUGGACGGUUCUCGCAGUUCGCCCUCACAUAGAACGGUGGCUAAAGAGAAAACACGGAACGCUUACGUUCCGACUGGUGCAGAUACUAACAGGACACGGCUGCUUUGGCAAGUAUCUGCACCAGACAGCGAGGCGAGAAUUGACUCCGGUAUGCCAUCAGUGUGGGGCCACUGAAGACACAGCGCAUCACACACUAGCUGAAUGUGCAGCCUGGAGCCCGCAGAGGCACAUACUAUCAUCCACUAUUGGUAGAGCCGUCUCGUUGCCCGACGUAGUUGACGCCAUGAUAGGCAGUGAAACGUGCUGGACAGUGAUGCUGUCGUUCUGUGAGGCUGUCAUGGGUCUGAAAGAGGCUGAAGAGAGAGCGAGGGAAGAAGCUGCCGAUGCUCCCCUCAUACGCAGGCGGAGGCAGGGUAGAAGGAGGCGCCGAUAUGCGCACCUUCUCCCACCUUAA